GGUUUGCGAUUGGUUCCUGCAGACUUGGCUGCGGUUGAGGGUCAUGCCCUAUCUAGGAGCAGAAAGAGGAACAUCAUUUGUGCCCCAAGCUUCCAACCAGCCACCAUUCAUGCCUCUUCAGUUUGAACUAUGUCCCGGCAGAAUGAUCGGUGGCUCCGAUCCAUGCUUUAUCAUUGCUGAAAUUGGACAAAACCACCAGGGAGACAUUGAGAUUGCUAAGAAAAUGAUCAAGAUGGCAAAGGAAUGUGGUGCUGAUUGUGCCAAAUUCCAAAAAAGUGAAUUAGAACACAAAUUCAGCAAGCGAGCCUUGGAGCGCCCUUACAAUUCCAAGCACUCCUGGGGAAAAACAUACGGUGACCACAAGCGUCAUUUGGAGUUCAGCCAUGAUCAGUACAGGGAAUUGAAAAAGUAUGCAGAAGACAUUGGCAUCUUUCUCACAGCCUCUGGCAUGGAUGAGAUGGCUGUGGAGUUCCUUCAUGAGUUGGAUGUGCCCUUCUUCAAAGUUGCCUCGUGUGAUGCAAACAACUUCCCAUAUCUGGAGAAAACUGCCAAAAAAGGGCGACCCAUGGGAUAUCCACUGGGAUGCAGUCCAUGGAAACCAAUACGUUGUGUCUACAAGACAGUAAAGAAGCACAACCAGAACUUCACUUUCCUGCAGUGCACUAGCUACCCUCUGGACCCUAAGGAUGUCAACCUCAGUGUAAUCAGGAAAUACCAGGAGGAAUUCCCAGAUGUUCCAAUUGGAUAUUCUGGACAUGAGAAGGGGAUCUACAUCAGUGUGGCUGCUGUGGCAAUGGGAGCAAAGGUUAUUGAACGCCAUGUGACCCUGGAUAAGACCUGGAAGGGAAAUGACCACGAGGCAUCCCUGGAGCCCGCCGAGCUGGCAGAGCUGGUCCGAGCAAUCCGACUGGUGGAGACAGAUGGAUCACCUCUCAAGCAAAUGUUACCAUGUGAGAAGACCUGCAUGAUAAGGUCACUGGGCAAAUCAGUGGUGGCUAAAGUGGACAUUUCCAGUGGUAAGGUGCUGAGCCUGGACAUGUUUGCAGUGAAGGUUGGUGAGCCAAAGGGCAUCCCUCCAGAGAGAAUGCAGCAGCUGGUGGGCAAGAAGCUCAAAGUGGAUGUGAAGGAAGAUGACAGCAUCUUGGUAGACAUGAUAGAAUAAAGAAUCUUUCAAAACUGUUGGGAGAGAGUGGCAGGAAGAUAGAGAUGACUAGUAAAAUGAAUAAGAAUGAGGUUGGCAUACAGAUAGAAACUGAACAGACAAUUUUAGUGUGUGAACAGAGCUAGAAACCAUGAAUAAGGCAAGAAAAUAUGAACUUAAAUGAAGAUGAAGGAAUUGUCAUGUCUCUCCAUGAUUUGCACAAAUUAAAUAAGAUAAAUGUAAACACGCCUGCUCCUCAGAAUUAGAAUGUAAGCAUAUAUCAGCUGCACAGCACGGUGGUGCAGUGGCUAGCACUGUUGCCUCAAAACAAGAAGGUCAUGGGUCCAAACAACCACUUGCUAAUGCUAAUGUCUGUGUCACUAGCUACGAUAGCAGCUAGUGACACAGGGUGAUCAACAGGGUGUACUCUGCCUCUUGCCCUAUAGGCUCUAGCCACCUGUGGCCCUGAAAGGCCAAGUGGAAGAAGAUGGAUGAACAUAUAUCAGCUUAAGAUGCUCUGUCUGUAAACUUCCAUGCAUUGUUUGUUCAGGAAGAAAUGUUUACAGAAAACAUAUCUGAUUAUACAAACAUUUUCCCCCAAAAUGAGGAAGCAACUGUAUAUCCCAUCUGUCAAAACGGAGACAUGCAAUGUACAAACACCUUCACUAUUUUUGAGUGAUCUUUCUCUGCUUCAUUUUCCCAGCAUAUAAUAGUAAGAAAAUGCUAAUAUGUGUAGAUUCCACAGCAAUCAUACACAUAGUCUGCCACAUCUGGUGUUUUUAUAUGCUUUACAUAUGGGGAAAUUAUUGUGGUCAUGGAUUCUGUAAAAUGUAUCUGUUAAAUAAAGAAGGCCUGAAAAACAUACAGUU